GCCCCAGCGGGCUUGGCCCCGCGCUGGGAGACCAGAGACCCGAGACCCGGCUUGAGCCAGCCCACAGGAACAAGCCAUGCUAGUAGGAAAGAAGACCGCAUCUCCUCAGGCAGCUGGACCCCAUCUUGAGAGGAUACACCUGUGACCUGAGGCUUCCUGCCAAAACUACUAGCCGAGACCGGGGCCUGGAGGAGGAAGUGGUUCUGGAGCUGCUGGGGCUGUGGACGUUCCUCAGCAAGGCUUGGGGCAGCUUUGCCUCCUUAACUCCUUGACCUUGCUGAGGAAGAGAUGACCAAUUCCCAGGAACCUGUUACAUUCAAGGAUGUGGCCGUGGACUUCACCGAGGAGGAGUGGGGGCAGCUGGACCCUGCACAAAGGGCCCUGUACAAAGAGGUGAUGCUGGAGAUCUAUGGCAACCUGGUCUUAGUGGGAAAGAAACUUUAUGACUGUGCCGAGUCUGGCAAGAGCUUCAGUCAGAGCACAGACCUUCACAUCCACCAGAGAGUCCGCACGAGAGAGAAACCUUCCAUGUGCGAUACAUGCGGCAAAGGCUUUAGUUAUAACACGAAUCUUCGCGUGCAUCAGAGGGUCCACACAGGAGAGAAACCUUGUAAGUGUGAGGAGUGUGGCAAGGGCUUCCAUCAGAGCCCCAACCUUCGCAUCCACUGGAGAGUCCACACUGGAGCAAAACCGUACAAAUGUGAGAAGUGUUGUGAGAGCUUCAGACAGAAUGUAGACCUCCAAGAGCAUCAGAGGGUCCACACAAGAGAAACCGUUUCAAUGUGAAACCCUUAAAGCACAAGCUUCUGUGCUCAUCAGAAAGUCCACACAGGAGAGAAACCUGUAGGUGUGAGGAGUGUGGGAAGGAUUUCGAUCACAGUGAAUCUUCACGUUCUCCAGAAAAUGAAACUGCAAAUGUGAUGGGUGUGUGAUAAGGGUUUCUUCAGUUAGAGCUUAGAUCUUCGAGUUUAUCUAAGAAUUAAUACAGGAGAAAACCCAUUUAUAUGUGCUAAGUGUAGUAAGGGCUUUGGAAAGAGCGCUAACCUUGAGUUCCAUAAUUCCCCACAGGAGAGCAAUGUUACAAAUGUGCAAGUGUGGUAAAGGGUUUCUUUGGAACACAGAGCUUCUCUGCAGAGCGUCUAUGCAGGGGAGAAACCAUUGAUUUCAGUGUCUGUGGUUGGGGCUUCCGUUACAGCACAAACCUUCAUGCACAUCAGAGUCCAUGCGGGAUAGAGACCCUGUGCGCGUGAGAAGCAAGUCAGGCCUUCACAUCCAUCUGACUCCACGUGAGAGAAAACCCUGCAGGUGUAGGUGUGUGCAUAUCUCCCCCUUCCCCAGAGAGCCUGUUUCUACCACGAUUCUGGCAGCUCCAAGAGAGGGCAGCUGCGUGUGCUUUGCUCGCCAUUGUGUCCCCAGCUCCUGGCACAGUGCCUGGCAGGAGUAGCCACCUAGUAAAUAUUUGUUGAAUGAGAAUCCAUGUGGGAGAGAACCCCUAUUUGUGUGAUAGUGGGGUAAGGACUUCAAGGUCAACAUGUUGAAGCCUUUUUUAGAAAGUGUGUUCACAGU